AUGGAUAAUUUGCCUGAACAACGCGUUCAACCUUCAAACCACCACGAAGGAUUAGCACAAGCAGCUACAGAAGAAGGCAUAAACUGGCACUUUAUUCCCCCAAGGGCACUGAAUUUUGGAGGAAUCUGGGAAGCUGCUGUAAAGUCCUUUAAAUCCCAUUUUAGACGAGUUACAGGCACCUCUUUGCUCACAAUGGACGAGAUGCAAACUCUAACAAUUCAAAUUGAAUCCAUUUUAAAUUCCCGUCCUCUAACAAUCUUAUCAAAUCCAAACGAUUUAUUCUUUCUUUCUCCUGGACAUUUCUCAAUUGGAGACACUCUUAUCACUGUACCAGAACCGACUUUGAUUAACGUUAAGGAGAAUCGACUAAGCAGAUGGCAAAGAACCAGGGUUGUGCGCGUUACCUCAAAAAAGUAA